CACUUCAGUCCACUGAAACAGAAGCGAGAUUUCUAUUAGGAAAGUGGUUUAUAUGAAUGUACUGAGAGAAGGCAGCCUGGACAGAAAGUUGAGAACUCAAAAGUCCAGUUUUUCUUUCUAUUUUCUUUAUUUUGAACGUCAGAGUUAUUUUUUUAAAUAUCCACUUUCGGACACGGUGAUGUGCUGUGCUCUCCGGACAGUACCUGCGGUGAUGGGCCGGGCCGGGAGAUGAGCAGCGCGCGGUGUGGGGGUGCCAGGGGCGCACGAGGAGGUCUGGACGCUUAGGCCACACGGAGAGACAGGGCUGAGACCGCCUCAUGUGUCGGGUCUCCUCUGUGUUCUGGUCCCCACCCACCCCCAUCCUCCCAGCGUCAGUGGGAUGUCCCAGGUGUGUCUCCUCUUGGCCUUGCUUUUGCUCUGCAGCUGCACAAAGGUCUUCUCUACAAACUCCCUGGAGCUUGUGAAGGAGAAGUGGAGCAGCUACAAAGACCAGUGCCUGGACUACCUCAACGCCACGCCCCCCGCCACCGGGCUGGUGUGUAACCGGACCUUUGAUCUGUAUGUCUGCUGGCCUGAUGGACUCCCAGGAACAACUGUCAAUGUGUCCUGCCCAUGGUUCCUGCCAUGGUACCGCAAAGUUCAGCAGGGUCGGGUCUACAGAGUCUGCAGUGAAGACGGUCAGUGGGCGCGAAAGAAUACCAGCGAGUGUGAGGACGACCCUGGUGAGCAGCAGUAUGGCCGCAUCCUAAGUCAGUUACGCAUCAUGUACACAGUGGGCUACUCGCUCUCCCUGGGGGCUCUGCUACUGGCCCUGGGCAUCCUCAUCACCUUCAGGAAGCUGCACUGCAUGAGGAACAACAUCCACAUGAACCUGUUCGCAUCGUUCAUCCUGAGAGCCGUGUCCAUCCUGGUCAAAGACGCCCUGCUGACCCUCACUCUGGACCCCAGGAACGGGGGGGACACCCGGACACAAGCCUGGGUCAACAUACCGGCUGUUACGUGGUGUCGAGGUGCCAUGGUGAUGAUGCAGUACAGCGUGAUGGCCAACAACUAUUGGCUGCUGGUGGAGGGCAUCUACCUGCACAGCCUGCUCGUCAUCACCGUGUUCAGCGAGAGGAAGUACUUCUACAUUUAUCUGGCCAUUGGCUGGGGUGCACCGCUCAUAUUCGUGUUGCCGUGGAUCACAGUGAAAUAUCUGUACGAAAACGAAGAGUGCUGGGAGAGGAAUAUUAACAUGGGAUAUUGGUGGAUUAUCCGUUCCCCUAUACUAUUUGCUUAUCUGAUUAAUGUCUUCAUAUUCAUACGGAUCAUCAAAAUCCUGAUGUCUAAGCUCAGAGCUCAUCAGAUGAGAUACACUGACUACAAGUUCAGAUUAGCAAAGUCCACUCUGACCCUCAUUCCCCUCCUUGGGAUUCACGCCAUCCUCUUCACCUUCGUCAUCGAUGAGUCCGUCCCUAAAGGCUCCAUGCUGCGCCUCAUUCGCCUUUUCUGCGACCUGCUCUUCAACUCUUUCCAGGGCCUGCUGGUUGCUAUUUUGUACUGCUUCAUCAACAAAGAGGUGCAGUCAGAGAUGCUAAAAAAGUGGAAGAGGUGGAAACUGGGUAAGGACAUUGACGAGGAGUACCGCCACACCCACAGCCACACGCCGCACCUCAAGAGCGGCAGUAUUGCCACUGGCAAUCUGCCCUAUCUCCACGACAACAACGCCAGCGACCCCGGCGGUGACUCGCCUCGCCUCAACAAAGCUGAGCCCUCCUGUUCAGCCGCACCCGAGGAGAACCGCAGACUAGUGGUUUCCUAUAGCAACGGCACGGGGAACGGCGGGACCACAAAGAGCAGACACACCCUGCAGUUCUCUUUCCUGCCACACCGGGGCGCCAGCAGUCACGUGAGCACGGCCACAGAGGAGGCGUUUCUGGAGGAGAAGCUGCACACAAACACUGUUGAAGGGGAGGAGACUAAUGUCUGAGGGCGGCCUGCUGUAAAGACCUCGUCACGAAGAAUAAAACUGUGCUUAUAGAUGUUUCGGAUCAGUGUUUUAACAUGUGCAAACAAGGCAGCCUGAGUGGGAAGAGAAAGAGGACCCCAAAGGUCACAAUGUUUUAACCAGCCUGCUGCAAAUUAAUAUUUAAUGUUUUUGGGACCUUAAGCUAAUAAGAACGAUUCACUUCAGAUUCAAUACACUCAAAAUAAGCUUUCUAAUGGUGACUAGAGUGUGUGUGUGUGUGUGUGUGUGUGUGUGUGUGUGUGUGUGUGUGUGCGUGUGUGUGUGUGUGUGUGUGUGUGUGUGUGUACACGUGUGCGUGUGUGUUUGCGUGCGUGCGUGCAUGUACAUAUGGAGGACUCCCAAUAGGACCCUGCUCACAUCACUCGUAUGUCAUGAGUCAUGUGUACUGAUGUUGUCGUCGUGAGUUGUGAGUCACACUUGUGUUGUAUGAAAGGUUCCAGCAAUGGAUGCUCAUUUGUGGUACUCUUCUACAAAAAAAUCUCAAAAGUGCCAAGAAAAAACAUUUAUUUUUGUUCUUUUGGUGUCAUGAUACUGAAUGUGACUUCAACAUGCAUGACUCGUGAUGUCUUGUUUGUAACAGGAUGAGGACAGAACUAUUACCGACUAUUGAUGUGUUGAGGAAGAAGUUGCUUUGAUCUUUAGAGAGACUUGAAUGUUUAAGUUAUUCUGGUAUCCUUCAUGCACAUUCCUGUCCUCCCUUCUGUGUUUAUAAUAACCCCUUUUCUUUCUUUUUAAACUGAGUUUUGUGGCUGAAUGUAUAAGGACAAUGGAGAAUUAUGGGUGAUAUUUAAGUGUAUAUAUGUAAUUAAAGAAUAUGCCACCAGAAACUGCUUUUCAGUCAAACAGUAUUCUGUUGAAUGGAGGCAAACAGAACAUGAAGUGCUUUUUUACACAAUGGAUAAUAGUCCAAUUACAAUAAAAAAAGGUUCUCCAUUUCAAAAUCCACAUUAACAACACAUGACUCACUUGAAAAUGUGGAAUCGGAUCUGGAUUUAAUUCUUGGUAUUAUCCAUUUUUGAAACCAACAAGGAUUUUUACAAAGAUAGUAAACAAGCACUCAAUUGAAGUGUAAGAGAGAGAACUGUACAUAUUAAACUAACUUGUAAUAAAAGUUAAUACCGGUAUUAGAGAGUCAAGGACGUGUUGGUGGAGGGAUGUGUUGUUGUUCUGUGCUUUCGCUUGCAGUCCAGGUGACAGAAAAGAAUAAACAUGAAUUAUUACGUUGAGAAAGACACAAACAUGAUUGUACUUGUCCUUUACUUUCCAUAUUGCAAAUGUCAGGACGGGGUCCAAAGCAAAAAAAUGUCAAAAGUUUUAUAUAAAAGCCAAAUUGUUGUGUCUCAUAUAUG